AUGAACAUCAACAGACCCGCCGACAAUCCCAUCGUGCUGCCAGGCAUGAGGGUCAAGACCAGUGAGCGUUCUCCGCCUCGCCGCGUCCAUGGCCUCAGCUGGCUGCCAACCGCCGUCCGCAACCACAUAAUCGCCAUGCUUGGCGAAUUUGUUGGCACCUUUCUUUUCCUAUUCUUCGCCUUCGCUGCUACCCAGGUCGCAAAUGCUGCUGCUGCCGGUGCUGCCAUCGAUAACGGCUCCGUCAACCAGUACCCGAACGUGGCUGUCCUCCUUUACAUCAGCUUGGCCUUUGGCUUUUCGCUCGCCGUCAAUGUUUGGGUCUUCUUCCGUAUCUCCGGAGGUCUCUUCAACCCUGCCGUCACAUUGGGACUGUGCCUGAUUGGAGCUGUUGGAUGGAUCAGGGGCUUCUUGGUCAUAAUCGCCCAGAUCGUUGGUGCCAUUGCUGCAGCAGGUAUCGUCUCGUGCCUCUUCCCAGGGCCACUGAACGUCCGCACCACCCUUGGCUCCAACACCUCGAUUGUGCGUGGCCUCUUCAUCGAGAUGUUUCUCACUGCUCAACUCAUCUUUACCAUCUUCAUGCUGGCUGCCGAGAAGCACAAGGGCACCUUCCUAGCCCCUGUUGGCAUCGGCCUGUGCCUUUUCAUCACACAGCUCGCAGGCGUCUACUUUACCGGUGGAAGUCUCAAUCCCGCCCGAUCCUUUGGCCCUGACGUCAUUCUUCACACUUUCAACGGCUACCACUGGAUCUACUGGGUGGGUCCAGCUUUGGGUGCGCUCUUAGCUGUUGCUCUCUACCGUCUCAUCAAGGCACUCGAGUACGAGACCGCCAAUCCUGGGGCCGACUUCAGCAAGCCUGAUGCCGAAGUUUUCUACCCCGACGAGGAUCCUAAUGCUGCGCCCCGAGGCCACCGCUCCUCUGGCUACGACGGAACCACGGAAUCUCGCGGUGCACCGCAACCCCCAGCAACUACAAUUGUGCAAAGAUCGUCUUCUAGCAACCACGUGCACCGCGAUCGUCUUCAGUCAACUGCAGGACAGACCGCCUCUGUGUAUUCAACUGGCUCUGAUCGUCGAUCUGAUCAUUUAUUGGGCGGGGAGGCCUACAACAAAGCUCCCGGUGCAGAGGAAGGGGCAAUCGGCCUGCCGGAUUGA